GAGGUCAUCAAAUGCCAGCUAUGGAGAGAGAUGCAGAGGUAAGCGAAGACGUUAUGUACUAGCAUUUGUAGAAGGGCCUGGAUGGGGGUGAGGAACACACGGAAAACAAGCUGAGGCCAUCUACGCAGUUCCUGAAGAAGCACCUCGGGCGGCACUGACACUCCCAGCCCAGCUCUACAGGGGGUGGGUACAUGGGUGGGCUGGGAACAGGGUGUCUGUCCAACAGGCUGGUGUUGAGGGCCCAGGAGACGUCAGGGUAGCAACAGGAGGAAUCUGGUGCAGUAUGAGCGCACGGCCGUCAGCUGAUACUGGGGAGCCAGUCAAGUGCCGCAAAAGCAGGGGGCGGGGCCGCGGCCGACGUCAUUCCCGCGGCCGCGCGUCACCGCCACUUGCCGCAUCCGCAAGAUCUCUCUGGACCAGCUCGGGUGCAGGGCCUCUGCGGGAUCCCUCCUAGACCUCUGCGGCUUCUCCUCUAACAUGGCCGACUCGGAAAACCAGGGGCCUGCGGAGCCUAGCCAGGCGGCGGCAGCGGCGGAGGCAGCGGCGGAGGAGGUAAUGGCGGAAGGCGGUGCGCAGGGUGGAGACUGUGACAGCGCGGCUGGUGACCCUGACAGCGCGGCUGGUCAGAUGGCUGAGGAGCCCCAGACCCCUGCAGAGAAUGCCCAAAAGCCGAAAAAUGACUUUAUCGAGAGCCUGCCUAAUUCGGUGAAAUGCCGAGUCCUGGCCCUCAAAAAGCUGCAGAAGCGAUGCGAUAAGAUAGAAGCCAAAUUUGAUAAGGAAUUUCAGGCUCUGGAAAAAAAGUAUAAUGACAUCUAUAAGCCCCUACUCGCCAAGAUCCAAGAGCUCACCGGCGAGAUGGAGGGGUGUGCAUGGACCUUGGAGGGGGAGGAGGAGGAGGAAGAGGAGUACGAGGAUGACGAGGAGGAGGGGGAAGAGGAGGAGGAGGAGGAGGCUGCAGCAGAGGCUGCCGCGGGGGCCAAACAUGACGAUGCCCACGCCGAGAUGCCUGAUGACGCCAAGAAGUAAGGGGGGCAGAGAUGGAUGAAGAGAAAGCCCACGAAGAAAACAGCUUGGUUUUGUUUUUCCCAGAAUAUUGGUGGACUUAAAAAGGCUCAGGUUUUUGACCAAAAUACAAUGUGAAUUUAUUCUGACAUUCCUAAAAUAGAUUACAUUGAAGCAAUUAGAUCCUGGCCAGCUCGGUUCAAAUUUUUCAUUUUGAACAUAAUAAAUAUAUCAAAAGGUGUUAAAGAAAACCGAAUUAAACCCAAAAUUAUGUUUUCAUGGUCUCUUCUAUGAGGAUUGAGGUUUACAAAGGGUGUUAGUAGAUGCGAAGUAAAGAACGUCACUUUGAAACCCAUUCAUCACACAGCAUACGCUACACAUGGAACACCCAGGCCAUGACUGAACACGUUUUCAGUGCUUAAUUCUUAAAUUUCUUUACUCAUGACAUUUCGCUGUGCAGAGAAGGCAGACCCCAAGAAAAACGUCAUCUUUGAGACUUUGCUUUUGUAACGCAGACAUCAGCUUUACACUUCACAGGAGAUUGAUGGCACUGAGGAAGACUGCAAUGGAGAUCAUGACAUUACUGUUAAUAAGGCCAGGAAAACUGCCAUCUCAAGUUCUGAAAAAUGUUUGAGUAUUUGAAUUUAGAGAACAACAUGGUUCCAAGAAGGAGGGUGUAAAACCUGUAAAAUACUGUCAACAUAUGUAUUCAUUAGUUAUAAUCUCAUGUUUGUGUUUUCUUAGUAGUGUCUAUUUACAAAGACGUAAAAAAUACCCCAAAUAUGUUUAAGUAUUAAAUCACUUUACCUAGUGUUUUAGAAAUAUUAAUUUACUUGAAGAGAUGUAGAAUGUAGCAAAUUCUGUAAAGCAUGUGUAUCCAGUGUUAUGUACUUUGAUCCUUGUGACGUCUUUCUGUCAUGUAGCUUUUAGGGUGUAGCUGUGAAAAUCAUCAGAACUUUUCACUGAAGCUAAUGUUUGGAAAAAAUACAUACUUGAAGAACCAAUCCAAGUGUGUGCCCCUACCCCCAGCUCAGAAGUAGAAAGGAUUUAAGUUUGCUUGUAUUAGCUGUGCCUUCAUUAUUUUGCUAUGUAAAUGUGACAUAUUAUAAAAUGGUGCAUAAUCAAAUUUUACUGCUUGAGGACAGACGCAUACAGUAAGGAUUUUUAGGAAGAAUAUAUUUAAUGUAAAGACUCUUAGCUUCUGUGUGGGUUUUGAAUUAUGUGUGAGCCAGUGAUCUAUAAAGAAACAUAAGCUUAAAGAUGUUUACCACUGUGGUGUUAAUAAAACAGUAUUUUCAAAAAAAAUA